GCGUCCUGAGGCUUUACAUCCUCCAAUGUAAAGACGCUGUUGUCCAAGACUUUCUUAGGGAGUAUGGGAAAUGAAAAACAACAGGGAAAUCCAACACGGGAGGAUGGUGCUCCUCCCCUAGCUUCGGGACGGGCCACCCGCGCCUCUGCAUCCUCACUUCCGUUACCCCCGAGGGAGCCGAGCGUCACGCACGGUUUCUCCACGCGGAAUUCUGGGAACUCGUCGGCUUCAGGCUAGCGUGUAGCCAUCUGUCCCCCUGAAUUUGAGUUAUUUUAGCCAGGAACCUCCAGAAUGACCCGCUAGAUGCUUCUGAGAUCGACAGCAAUUGCGUCUCGGGUGAAAAGGAAGGAGCGAGGUUUGAAAGGGGUGGAGAACGUGAGUUGCCGUGUGGGUGUGGCGAUUAGAAGACCACACUGGGGAGAUGCUGCCCACCUACCAUCCUGUGUAUCCUGAGGACCAAACUCGGGCUUGGUGGUAAAAGCCUUUAUCCACCAAAUCCUCCCUCGUGGACUUCGAGAUUGCCUAAUUAGGUCUGCACCUCCCAGAAGGAAGGGUUAAAAGCAAGCAGGCCCAUGGAGGCAGUAACAUUCAAGGAUGUGGCUGUGGUCUUCACUAAGGAGGAAUUCAGGCUUCUGGACUCCGCCCAGAGGACGCUGUACCAAGAUGUGAUGGUUGAGAAUUUUCGGAACCUGCUCUCAGUGGAGUAUCAACUUUUCAAACGAGAUAAACCAUACCUGGAAAGAGAAGAGAAGCCUCCAACGAGGAGGGCAGCCCUGAGGGAGAGAGAUUCAGGGAUUAACGGUCAGAGUGCAAGAGGAGCAGUCCGAGGGGGAGGGUCACCUGAAGCCCUUCCCUGCUGGCAAAUCUGGCAGUGGGUCACGGACGACUUAACCACGAGUCAAGACUCUGUGGUAAAUACUCCUCAGCUACAGGGCAAGGCUCCCUGCCAGUCCAGGCCAAGGCCACCUGCUCCCGUUUCUGUAGAUGAGAACUAUAUAAAGAGUCAUACAAUAAGCCUUCCCAUCCACUCUGCAAGGCUCCCACUUCCCACUUUGAGAGCCCAGGGAACUUUCCUGACUGAGCGGCAGACUCGGAAGGAUCACUACCACCAAGUCUCCCAUAGAGAUGAAGCGGGUCAGAGGAAACAGGAUACUCACUCUACAAGUUGGAUUCCACGUCCCCGCUCUGAUCACAGAGUAUACAAAAGUAAGGAGCGGUAUAGCCCCAGGGAUCAUGGGAGAGACGGUAUGGAGGUGGUGCCGUUUAACCAGAAUGGAGGGAUUCACACUAGACAGAAAAGCUCCCAACACAGAGAAGCCGUUACCGAUCCCUCCAGCUCGGAUCCUCACCAAGUGUCAGACUCAGGAGGGAGGGCUUGUGCAUGUGUCAAAUGUGGGAGAGGCUCCCCUUGUGGCACAGAUGGCUGCAUUCAUCAAGGAGGUCGCACAGGAGAAGAACGGAAGGAAUUCGGUCACCAGAGGGUCUGCACGCCAGUGAAACCGUACACCUGUGAGCAGUGCGGAAAAGUCUUCACUUGUAGAUCAGCACUUAAUGUCCAUGUGAAAGUGCACACUAGGGAGAGACCUUACAAUUGUGAGACAUGCGGGAGUGCCUUCAGUCAGGCCUCCCACCUCCAGGACCACCAGAGGCUCCACACUGGAGAGAAGCCGUUCAAAUGCGAUGCCUGCGGCAAGAGUUUCAGUCGCAGUUCCCACCUGCGGUCGCACCAGAGGGUCCACACAGGAGAGAAACCAUACAAGUGCGGGGAGUGUGGGAAGAGCUUCAUUUGUAGCUCCAACCUCUACAUCCAUCAGCGAGUCCACACAGGAGAAAAACCCUAUAAAUGUGUGGACUGCGGGAAAGAAUUCAGUCGCCCUUCGAGUCUUCAGGCCCAUCAGGGCAUUCACACCGGAGAGAAAUCAUACGUUUGUACUGUGUGUGGGAAAGGCUAUACUCUGAAUUCAAAUCUCCAAGUCCACUUGAGAGUCCACACGGGAGAGAAGCCGUACAGUUGUGAUGUGUGUGGGAAAGGCUUCAGUCGCUCUUCACAGCUACAGUCCCAUCAGAGAGUUCACACGGGGGAGAAGCCUUACAAGUGUGAUGUGUGUGGGAAGAGCUUUGGUUGGCGGUCAAACCUUAUAAUUCAUCACAGAAUCCACAGCAGUGGGAAACCGUACAAGAGCAAGAGAGAUGAUAAAAACAUCAAGGAAUCCAUUCAGGAAAAAUGUUCUAUAAAAUAGUGCUUGAAAAGA